GGGGUAUGUUUAGGGACGGACCCAAUCCGGAUCGGGCGUGCGCGCGUGGUUGUGCGUAGAGAACUUGAGACCUUCAAAGGUGUGUUACUAUCCACAAAUAUAGCAAGUGACUAAAUACUUAAAAAUAAAAGGUACCUGUUGGACAUCACAAUCAAUUUUGAUCUUUUUCAACAUGCAUUUAUUGAAUAUAAUUAGAAGAUCUGCCUUCAAAUUUAUUGCACCAAAAAUGACAAAAUAUGGGUUAUUUUUAACAGUGCCCAGCAAAAUCAGUACUUGUAGAACAUUGAUGAUGAUUUAUUUGAACAAAAAUAUCUCAAAAAAUGUUGAUGAGAACAUAAAUCUAGAUGAAUGGAAAUCUGUUGUGCUCGCUGGCUUAGAAAAAGAAGCAUUUGAAAGGGCAUCAUCUGAGGAAGAGCCUAAUAUAGUAGCUAUUAAGGAAUUCAUUGAGAUGUCUAGGCGUUUAGGUAAUGCUGCUCCAGAAAAAAUCACCGAAGAACAGUUAAAGAAAUUAAUUGAAUAUCCCUCUAAUACUUCAAGAAAUAAGUACUUAGCCUUUUUGGCUUUAAAAGAAAUGAAAAAGAAUGCUGCACAAGAAAAAAAGAAAAAACAAAAGGAAGAAAGAGAGGAACUUAGAAAAACAAUGGAAAAUGUGGGUGAAUCAGCACUGACAAAUAGAUUGUUACGGUGCAUUUGGACCUCCUCAAUGGAUGUCACAUACAAUUGGAAAGUUGUUCAGGCUAUGCGUUUUGGCCAGCCUCUGGUAUUUGACAUGGAUUACAAUGAUAUGUCAGAGAGAGAAAUGCAGAAUACAGUGAAACAGAUGAUGGAAUGUGAAGGAGCCAAUCGUAGAGCUAUAGAACCAUUCCAUUUAUAUUACUGUAAUCUUAAAGAAGAUGGUCCAUACCACAAAGAAUUCAUCAGGCGUUAUGGAGAUGCAUGGGACAAUUUGCUUGUGACAGUGACAGAAAAGUCUUAUGCUGAAAUAUUUCCAAGAGAUCAGAUUGUCUACUUAACUUCUGAUUCUCCCAAUGUAAUGGAAACAUUUGACCAUAAUAAAAUCUAUAUAAUUGGAUCCCUAGUUGAUAAGACAAUAAGGAAGGGAGUCUCUCUUGCUCGUGCAAAACGCUUGAAGUUGGCAACAGCACAACUUCCUCUAGAAAGAUACUUCAAUUGGAAAACUGGAGCCAAAGUUCUUACCCUGGAUCAAAUGAUGAUGAUCUUAGUAACUCUGAAAAAUACUGGAAAUUGGAAGGAGGCUCUAGAGUUUGUUCCAAAAAGAAAGCAUGAAGGUUUUAUAGAUCCAUCUUUGCAACAAUAUAUUCACACACAAAAGAAUAGAAAGAUCUAUGAGCGAACCCUUAAAAAAAGGCAAUUGGUAGAGGAACUCUCCAGGAAACAAUUGUGGAAUGGAUUGUGGGAAGAGUAGUGUGUUAGUCACCCAGUUAUGAUUGGUAUAAGUUUCAUGUAAAAUAGCAUUUGUUCUCAGUAAGCUUUCAAGUUCUACAGACUAAAUAAUCCAGUAAUGAUAAAAUGUAAGAGUACACGUUAUAGCUUCACCAUAGGUGGGCUAUAUUUCUAAACAUAUAGGAAAUCAUUUUCUGGCUCUGUCUGCUGAGAAAAUCUCAGUAAUACACAAUGGGGCUGAAAAACAGGUUUCAGAUUAAAAAAAAAGAACAAUAGUUGUUAAUGCUUGAGGUCUGUCACUGACCGCAGUCUAAUGAUACAGUACAUAUUUUUCUGUGCUUCCCAUUGUACUGGCUCACAUAGCAAAGUUAUAUAAAGAUAGUUUCCCAGUUUUGAUUCAGGGAAAUAUGAAGUUGCUGUGAAUUUUGCGUUACAACAAGCAAUUCAAAUUAUUGUAAAUGUUCUGAUUUUAUUCAGGAAUUAAUGUGAGGAAUGUAACUUGAAAAAAAAAUGCGUAUAUGACCUUUUUAUUUUAGAAGAAAAAAGCUGGAUAAUAUUCAAUUGUAUCUUUAUUUACAUUGUUAAGGCAUUAUCUAAAAUGUUAUACUUGUUGAAUAUACAGAGCGACUUACUAAAAAUAUGUUUAAAUGGUGUUUUUGAUCUAAUUAUAUUACAAAUGCAUAUACGUUGUCUUUUGAACAAAUGACCUAAAAGGGGAAGGUGAUUUGCCACAGUUUUAAACACAUCAAGCAUAAAAGUGCAAAACUAUUAAUAAUUAUUAAAAAAAAUAGCAAAUUGUGGCUGUUCCAUCCCAGCAUCUCAUCUCCAAAAGGUUAGCUUCUUUUGAUGUUCCUGCGGUCACUAGAAAUAAAAGGGUCUUAUAUAGGGAUGUGCAAAACAUUCCAUGGAUGGACAUCUGUGCACAAAACUCCCAGUUUGGGGUGAUCUAUGUUUGGUCCAAGAUAUAUUUGUAUUCAAGUGUCACUACAGGGCAUCAUUGCAGCUAAGGGAAAGGAAGAUGUUCAUGUUUGAAUUUAUUCAUGUUUGAAUUCAAGUGCAGUGGUGGCGGCAGUGCUUAAUGGGAAGGUGCUGGUAGUGUGGAAAAUUUAUUCCUUUUAUCCAGUUAGAAUACACUGACAAAGAGAAAUGUUAUUUUAGUUUUAAUUUUAACUUCUUAAUGGCUGUUGCUAGGAACAGAUGCCAACGUAUUAACUUUUAUACACGCAUAAUACAAGCAAACUCAUGAUGUAUAUUGAUUGGCUAAAUUGUUCACAUCACAUGGAAUGCAAGAAUCUAAAAAAAGUUAGAAAU